GGGGGAGACUGAACACUUGACCUGGCCACUGUGGUGCACCCUCCCUCACGGCCACGGCAGUUGCUAGCUCGAAUCUCCUAGUCUCCUACACCGAGCUGCUCUUCCUCGCGAACUGUACGGACCAGCUACCGGUGUCUAUGAUGCAAACCAACGCGCAUGAUGUUGGCAUCCUCUUCGAAUUCCGAUGGGAUUCCUUCUUCCAUGCUAUGCAAACCGGCGGGCCUAUCACGGUCAGCUCCAAUGACUCCGCAUUAAGCAGAGUAUAGGAGACUUUGACAAGGCUGCCAGUACUAGCUAGAAAAAUGCCGUCAGCCAAUCGUGCAUCCGGCCGGUAGGCAGACAUAUCUAAAUUGAUCGGGAUAAAAUCAGCACUAAUAGAGUUCCGUAAAAAUCCUUGGGUCGUCAUAUACUUUCAUAGCUGUUCCCAACACAUUCAUGCUGAAAUUAUAAAGUUAAAAGUCUAUCUAUUAUAAUUUUACAAACAGAAGACAUACAGUUGAUACCUAUAUUACGUUGACUACGUCGAAAAAGUUUCCUAGUCUCCGUUUAGCAUUUAGCGGUUUCCUAGUCUGCCGUCGCUUGCCCCGUCCAUCGGGCACCCCGGGAAUUCCCGUGCGCGGAUGCUGAUGGCUUGCCCCCGAAUAUCCAGUCAAAGGUUUCGGUCACUACAUAGGAGUCACUCGUCCUCCCCCAUACAUCAUCCUUCCUUGGAUCGGAUAAUUCUCCUAUGUCUGUCUCCACACAACACAUCACCGAUUCAGCCCUUUGUUCGAGGCUACUGCAAUCGUCGAAAUCUUCUGUUGCUCCCAUGUCUCCGAGCUUUUUGCUCUUCUUCGACUCCUCGGUCUGGGCGGCCUGGAUGUGGUGGUUACCGCUUAUGCUUGCCAUGGCAGCAGGAGCUCAAGGAGGAGAUCCCUGCUCGCCCAAGCUAUGCGGCAACGUGAGCAUCACCUUCCCGUUCGGGAUCGUCCCGGAGCAGGCGACGGAGACCAACUGCGCUGGGAUUGGGUUCCAGGUUCGGUGCCGUAACAACACCCCGUACCUCGGAUACACUCAGCGCGUUGAACACUGGUUCCAGAUCCUCAACAUCUUCUACGACAACGCCUCCUUGCUCGUCGCCGAUAUCCACAAGCUUCAAGACUUCAGCAACUCCAGUUCCUGUCACGUCCCGUCGUACAACAGCUCCACCAAGCUCGGUAUUCCAUUCUCGAUCAGCCCUGUCAAUCAGGACCUCGUCUUCUACAACUGCACCAAGGCGCCGGCGCCGGCGGCCCGCAUGAGGCUCGUGAAGACGAGGUGCCACAACAAUACGUUUGUUAGCGUCGGAGGGCGUUACGACGACGAUUCGGGUAGCUACUUUUUGGAGGGCUGCAAUGCCACCGUCGUGCCGGUGCUUGGAGGCUCUGGCAAGGCGAACGCGAGCAACUACGAGAAACUCAUCAGCGACGGCUUCCUCUUGACAUGGCCGCCGCCGCCGCCGUCGACGUUGGCGCCAUCAGAAGGUAGCAAAAGGACUGGCAGGAAGAUAAUACUAAUAGUUUCGAUGUCACUAGCUACAAGCUUGCUCCUACCAUGUAUUUAUGUGAUGAUAUGGCGUAGAAAGGGGCAAAAACUACGUUUUCUCCUAUGCAAAAAGACUAGCAGCAGCACUGAAAGGAAUAUUGAGGCCCUAAUAGUAUCGCAUGGAUCACUAGCUCCAAAAAGAUACAAGUACUCAGAGGUAGCAAAUAUAACUUCUUCUCUCAAUAAUAAGCUUGGAGAAGGUGGUUAUGGAAAGGUUUUCAAAGGAACACUAUAUGAUGGUCGUCUGGUUGCUGUGAAAUUCUUGCAUGAGUGCAAGGGAAAUGGGGAGGAGUUCGUGAACGAGGUUAUGAGCAUUGGCAGGACAUCUCAUGUUAAUAUUGUUAGCUUAUUUGGGUUCUGUUUGGAGGGCUCAAAACGAGCCCUUAUAUAUGAGUACAUGUCUAAUGGUUCUUUGGAUAAGUACAUCUAUUCUGAGAAUCCUAAAGCAGUUUUAGGAUGGGAUAAGCUCUAUACAAUAGCAAUUGGGAUUGCUCGAGGGUUAGAAUACUUGCACCAUAGUUGCAAUACACGCAUCAUCCACUUCGAUAUCAAGCCUCAAAAUAUCCUUCUAGAUCAGGAGUUUUGCCCAAAGAUUGCUGAUUUUGGUUUGGCCAAAUUGUGUCGUACAAAGGAGAGCAAGGUUUCAAUGGCUGAUGCUAGAGGAACAGUUGGAUUCAUCGCUCCUGAAGUGCACUCUCGAAUCUUCGGAGUUGUUUCAACAAAAUCAGACAUUUAUAGUUAUGGAAUGAUGUUGUUAGAGAUUGUUGGAGGCAGGAAAAAUGUGAAAUCAGCGGUUCAAAGGUCAAGUGAAAAAUAUUUUCCAGGUUGGAUUUAUGACCACUUUGGUCAGGAUUAUGGAUUACAAGCUUGCGAAGUCACAAGUGAAGUUGAAGAAAUUGCCAAAAAGAUGAGUUUGAUUGGCUUGUGGUGCGUACAAAUAUUACCAACACAUCGUCCUACGGUAACCAAGGUUUUAGAAAUGUUCGAGAGAGGUUUAGAAGAAUUGGACAUGCCACCGAAGCAAAACUUAAGUCAAAUAUUCGAAGAUUCAGCUUACAGUUUGAAUGCAGAAAGCACAAGUACCAGCAGUGCUUCGAAAACACAAGCUUUUAGUGAAGUGCUAAAGAUCAAGGAGUUAAGCGUUGUGAAUUCAAAAAUCCUACGACGGUUACCAACUCUGUGAAAAGGUCACGUACACUAGGUAAGGGGUUGAAAUCUUAAAAGAAAAGGCUGAUGGCCUGCUAUAAUAUGUUGCAUUAUUGUCACUGUUCCUUCACUCGCGGGUUUCGGUCAUCCAUCCAUAGCCCAAAAAUUCCCAAAAUCUGAAGUUAUUGCCAGACUAUUUCCAAAAGAAAAGGCUACUAGCCUACUAACAUAUCUUGCAUUGGAAGUAAAACAUAUUACGGUCCCAAGAGGGGUCCAAGUAUUGUUUAUAGUCGUCCAUCACCCAAAAUUUCCGAAUGGUGGACACAUAUGUACUGUACUGGUGUAAAGUAUUGGACGAAACCUUACAAUUGGAAUGAUGCACCUUGGAACAGGAGAGCGCAGCAAGUUUAGAUACCGGAGUGAUGGCAUGUUGAAAAAUAUGAGGAUGUGUAAAAUGGGGCGGAAAGAGGUAUAAAUUUUGCUAGAAUUUUUUAGUUUGGUUUCAGAUUCGGUGCAUUUUUGAAGUCUUAUCAGCCCAUGUAUGAGUGUUGUUGGUAUGUAAAGGGGUGAAAUGUCCGAAAUACCCCUUCAUAUACAUGAUUGUAACAUAAUAUCUUAGAAGCAAACUGAUAAUUUUCUCUGCCACUUCUCUCUAUAAAUAAGCCCUCGAAAGGCAGGAGAGGGGGCCCCAGAGGUUUUCCCCAUUA